UAGGGGGGUUUUGAAAAUGAGAGGUGCGGUGGUUCUUUGCUGCUCCCAGGCGAUGGCGCCAGGCGCUAGGGCGAGAAUGCCGGUCCACGGCGCCAGGCGCUGGAGCUCCGCGGCCUCGGCCGUCGCUGCCAGUGUGGAUCUCCGGGGCUGGGUGAAGAAUCAGGGGGGAUUUGUGUGGAGCGGCCUCCAUGUCGUUCACAGUGGAUCUUCUCACGGUAUGGGGCUUGUGGCGACUCAGGAUUUGCCUCAGGGUUCCACGAUAAUCACUCUGCCGCGAAGAAUUCCAAUGCCGAUGCCUGAUCCCGAGAAUGCUGCGGUUUUAGCGCCAUCGGAGGGAGUGAUUUGCGAGAUUGCUAAUCGAGUUCCAGAGGAGCUUUGGGCAAUGAGGCUGGGCCUCAAGCUUUUGUAUGAAAGAGCUCAGAAAGGAUCUUACUGGUGGCCAUAUAUCAGCAUGCUUCCACACUCUUUCACCCUUCCGAUUUUUUUCUCUGGAGUAGACAUUGAGAGCAUCGACUACGCACCUGUUACACAUCAAGUGAAAAAGAGGUGCCGAUUUCUCUUGCAGUUCUCCUCCGAGUUGGCCAAGCUAGAAUCACUGCCGGAAGAAAUUCAUCCUUUUGCCGGUCAGUUUGUUGAUUCGGGAGCGCUCGGCUGGGCAAUGGCUGCUGUCUCGAGCCGGGCUUUCCGGAUUCACGGUGUCACCAACAAGCUUUGCUCGGCAAUGAUGCUUCCUCUGAUUGAUAUGUGCAAUCAUAGCUUCCAGCCGAAUGCUCACAUCGAGGAGGACCUGUCGAGGGAUGCUCAGGAUGUCAGCUUCUUGAAGGUGGUGACUAAACGUAACUUGGAGAAGGGAUCAGCGAUCACUCUAAACUAUGGCCCGCUCAGCAAUGAUCUGCUUUUGCUAGACUACGGUUUUGUCAUCCCUGACAAUCCACACGAUCGCAUCGAGCUGAGGUACGAUGGGAGCUUGAUGGAGAACGCCAGGAUGAUAGCGGGCUUGAGUCGUACGGGCUCGCCACCAUUUUCAUCUCCGGCUUCUUGGCAAGUGGACCGGCUCAAACAACUUGGUCUCGCUGAUAGUGGAGAAUCACAAAAGGUGACGCUUGGAGGUCCGGAGGAGGUUGAUGGGCGGUUGCUAGCAGCGUUGAGAAUCCUCCACGCUGAGAGCCAGGAGCCACUCGAGCGCAGAGAGCUCGUCUCGUUACAAGCUUGGGGGGUGGAGAGCAUGGUGAGCAGUGACAACGAGGAGCGAGUGCUGCGAACGCUCUGUGGCCUGGGAGCAAUCGUUUUCAACCAGUUCAAGACGACCAUCGAGGAGGACGAGGCGAAGCUCUCGGACAAAUCCCUGGCGGAGACGAGCAGGAUCGCGGUACAGUUCAGGCUGACGAAGAAGAGACUGGUGGUGCGCGUCCUGGAAUCGCUUAAGAAGAGAUUGAUGGAUCUCAGAGCCGUCCGAGCAGAGUUCCAAUAGGUAAUUUAUUUUUGUUCUGCUCAAAUGCUUUCGAAAGGCUUCUAAAAGGUCGUCUCCACGAAUCUGAAAUGCAAAACUCACAUCAAAUAACCUUGUAACGAAA